AUGUCUAGCACUCAGCUUUUACGACUUGCUCGGAUGCUUAAGCAAUCACCUAGCACAAUGACAUCACCCAUAGCAUUGCAAGCACUAGAGAAUCGCUCGUAUGAUCCUGAGACGGAUAUCAUGAACAUGUCGGAUGCCACAUUACUGGAAUCAGUACAUAUUCCAGGCAAAUAUCAAGACUUGUUUAAACCCAAACGGAUUCGACCUCUUCAUGACGCCAUUUCAGUUGAACGAACAACAUAUCCCAAGAUCAUUAACAGCCCAGACAUUCGGGCACUGGAUGCUGAGCUAAAGCCAUUAACGCCAGCACAACAACGACUACAAGGACGGAAACUCAAUCGAGUGGAAACGUACAUUGUGGAGAUCAAAGAGUCUCCACAGUUUUAUACUCAUCUUCAAUCAUCAUUGUGGGACAUUUGCAGAGUUGAGUAG